ACGCAUGAAAGCGCGAAUAACUUCCGGUGUGUUUGAGUAAACCGAAAGAAUGGACAUGCUGGACGCUGUUGUUACAGUUUUUGUGAUUUAGCAAGUUAUCAGCCAGAUUACAACUGUAACCAUGCCGCCUACUAUACAGACUGGACAACGAGAUGACAGAGAGAAAAGACAAAGGCCUGGGGAUAAAAGGUCAGAGUUGAUAUCCCGGGUCAAGUUCAACAAUACCUUACCUGACAUACCAUUUGAUCCCAAGUUCAUCACAUACCCUUUUGAGUCAAACAGAUUCAUCCAGUACAACCCCACAUCACUGGAGAGAUCCUUCAAGUACGACUUACUGACGGAACAUGACCUAGGGGUAACCAUCGACCUCAUCAAUCCGGAGACUUACAAGAUCGACCACAAUGCAUACCCAGAUCCUGAGGAUGAAAAACUACUGGAGGAAGAGGUCAACACCCCAGCAGACAGCAAGAGGUCUCGCCAUCACAACACGACAGUGUCCUGGCUCCGGAAGACAGAGUACAUCUCUACAGAGUACAACCGAUUCCAGCAGAAGUCUGACCAGUCUGAGACCAAGGUGGGCUUCAAGAUCAAGCAGAUAAUGAAGGAGGAGGACAUGUACAAGGACAGGGACACCCAGAUCAAGGCCAUCGAGGACACCUUCAAAAAGGCCAACAUACCGAUCCAGAAGCACUACAGCAAGCCCAAUGUCACCCCAGUCGAAGUGUUGUCCAUAUUCCCCGACUUUGAGCUUUGGAAGCAUCCAUUCGCCCAGGUGUUGUUUGACUCCGACCCGGCCCCGAAGGGGCAGACCCUGCCCGCACAGAUGGAGGAGAUGUCGCAGGCCAUGAUCAGAGGAGCUGUUGAUGAGAGUGGCGAGCAGUUCGUGGCCUACUUCUUGCCGACAGAUGAGACGAUUGGGAAGAGGAAGCAUGAUGGAGAACAUGGUGUUGACUACACCCCAGAGGAGGAGUACGAGUACAUGCUGGCUCGAGAAUACAACUGGAAUGUGAAGAACAAGCUGUCGAAGGGUUACGAGGAGACAUAUUUCUUCGUGUUCCGAGAAUCAGGAGUGUACUAUGAUGAGCUGGAAACAAGAGUUCGCCUGAGCAAGAGAAGGAAGACGGGCGGAGGGCAGGUGGCCAAGUCCCGCCUUGUUGUCAAACACAGGGACCUCAAUGAUAAAGAAGUAUCCGCUCAGGAUGCACGGUUAAUGAUGUUGGAGCCUCCACAGGAGGAGGAGGAAGAAGAGGAGGAGGAGGAGAUGACUAUUGCCCCCGAUGCACUGGAGACAGGGAGUGCUAGAGGCAGCGAUGAUGAGGGCAACAAGAGCGAUGAUGACAGAGGAAGUGUGCAGUCCGGUGGGAGCAGAAAGAGCAGAAGCCGCAGCAGGAGCAAAUCUCGCAGUCGGAGUCGAAGUGGUAGCGGUAGUCAGAAUCGCAGUCGCAGUCGAUCAAGGAGUAGGAGCCGCAGUCGUAGUGGAAGCCGCAGCAGUCGCAGUAGAAGCCGUAGCGGCAGUGGUAGUCGCAGUAGCAGCAGCUCAAGUAGCGGUAGUGGGCGUGGCAGCGGAAGAAGCAGCGGCAGUGAGAGUGAGAGGGAGGUCACGGGGAAGAAGGACGAGGCAGAGAUCUUCGGGUCGUCCAGCGGAUCGGGGUCAGACAGUGAUUGAUAGAGAACAGGGAUGGAAUGUUAACCAGAGUGACGAUUUCAUACUGGACAACAACCUAGAUAACAGAUUUCUACUGACUCUUUGUAUGAAGAGUCCAAGAGCUGGACUUGUGCUAAGGAUGGUGCUUGUUGCAGUGCUGAGGGAGAUCAGAGUUGGUUUAAGGCCAAUGGCCAAAUACUUGUGUUUCAGUUGACAUCCAUCAUAAUGUGAAACCACCGUAGUCCAGACCCUUGUAAUACCGAAACCCCAGUCUGGACUCAAACAGUCCUAUUGUUAACAUUUGUAAAUAUUUACAUUUCUCCACACACAUGAUUCCUUUUAUAUCUGGAAGUUCGUUUUCUGGACAACUUGACUUAGAUUGGUAAAGUGUGGAUUAACAAGGUGUCACUGUAUAUGGGUCGUUAGGUAAUGAGUUAUCAAGUUACGUUUAAUUAUCCAUUAGGGAUUCGAAGUUAGAAUUGGAUAAUGAAAAAUGGAUGGGUUGUCAGAUUCAAUGACUUAAAAGCUUGAUUGGGUAUCAUCAUUGCCAGAUUUCCAAGAUUGUUGCUCACAAUAUCAAUCACUUGAUUGUAUGGUCUGUCAUGAAGCUGAAAUAUUGUUGUGAGGUGUUAAACAACAAACAAACAAAUAAAACUUUUGGAUGAGUAGUUACAUAAAGGCUAUCAGCAUCAUGAAUGAACUUGUUGCUUAGGGUUCCAGAAACACAAGUAUUGGGGGUCAGGGGUCGGGUCAGGGACAGCCAUGUUCACAACCUCCUGAGAGGAAGAUGCCAUACAUGGUGUAAUCGAUGCAGCAUUACCUGAUGCCCGUCUGUUCUAUAUUAUUAUUAUCAGAGAUUGUUUGGGACUUUUGUACUUCAUCAAUUUCAUUAGCUGGGACCAUUUCAGUGGUGUCAGAGUUUUCACUUAAAACGUCUCAUGUACAUCAUAUUUUCUCCUGGGAACCAUCCGUGCAGCUAUCAAGGGUCUGUUCAUGGGUCAUGCGGACCAUUUCAAUAAUGUUUGUUCUCAUAGUUAUGACCAAGAGGCCCUUUAGUUAAUAUUUAAUUAAGUUAAUUCUUUUUUUCUGAAGUUAACCGUGAAAUAUAUUUUACAAAUGUUUGUUGAUAUCAGGGUACCUUCUUCCUAUUAAAAGAAAGUCCUAAAAUGAACACAGGACUGUAGUAAUUAAACUUUUAAAGCUCUUCAUUCUUUUUUUUCUAAUUUUAUUUCAAUUGGUAGAAAUAGGAUAGGACGAUUUGUAAAACAAGUAAAACUGGUCUUACUAUACACUACUCAAAAGAAGUUAAAGGACACCUGAUAUUUUCAUACAGUUAAUCUGUCAUGGCUCGGGGGCAGGGGUGGCCCAGUCGUCUAAGGCGCCGUGAUUUGCUGUGCAGAGUUGCGUCCCUUGGGCAGGCCAGAAACCUAUGAUUGUGGGUUCGAAUCCUGGCACGCCCCCUUUAUGUUUCUAGGUUUGUCAGCACCAUACCCGUGCUCGUGGGUUUCACCAAAGUGGUAAACGUCUGAGAACUGCAUCACUUUGGUCUUUCCUCCCACAUUAAGUUGACACGCCGUGAUAUAACUGGAAUACUGUUAAAAGCGAUGUAAAACCCAACUCACUCACUCACUCACUGUCAUGGCUGGUGGGUAUUGCAUCACACAGCGUUCCAAUUGUGGAUGUUCUUUAACUUAUAUUGAGUGGUACAUAUUGUCUGUGUAUUUACUUUGUGCCACAAUUGUAAAAUGGAGAAAUAUUGAACUCGUUUUUUUAGUGUCAUUUUCAUACAUUAUACAUCUGUUCAAGCUCUGAGAAGUACCGGGGAAAAUAAAUCUUCAUCUAACA